AUGAAGACUCCAAUGUCUCCUUCUUCUUCCACCUCUCUUCUUUCCAUGAGAAAGGCUCGCGGCCUGUCACCUUUCCUCAUCACGCUCCUCGCCUUCAUCGUCUUCGUCGUGACCCUCUACGGCGAGGACUUCACCUGCCUCCUCGGCCAGCUCGACUUCUACUCUCAAGACGACGUCGCACCGGUGGGCCCUUCUCCCCGUGGCGGCGGGACGGAGAGGAAGCAGAAGCGGGAGGAGGAGGAGGAGGAGGCGGCGUUUGCGUUGGGGAAGCGGCCGGAAGGGUGCGAUUACUUCAGCGGGAGGUGGGUUUGGGACGAGUCGACUCGGCCGCUGUACCAGGAAUCGGAGUGUCCGUACAUCCAGCCCCAGCUGACGUGUCAGGAGCGGGGCCGUCCAGAUAAGGAUUACCAGUUCUGGAGGUGGCAGCCCCAUGGCUGUGAUCUCCCCAGCUUCAACGCGACGUUGAUGCUGGAAACCCUACGAGGCAAGCGGAUGAUGUACGUCGGCGACUCCCUCAACCGCGGCCAGUUCACCUCCAUGGUCUGCCUCCUCCACCGCCUCAUCCCUUCCUCUUCCGCCAAAUCCAUGCAAACCUCCGGCUCCCUCACCGUCUUCACCGCCAAAGACUACAACGCCACCGUCGAGUUCUACUGGGCGCCCUUCCUCCUCGAGUCCAACUCCGACGACGCCGUCGUCCACCGGAUCUCCGACCGCGUCGUCCGCCGGGGAUCCAUCAACGUCCACGGCCGCCACUGGAAGGGCGCCGACGUCGUGGUCUUCAACACUUACCUCUGGUGGAUGACGGGGCUGACGAUGAAGGUUCUGCAAGGUGGCUCGUUCGACGGCGAGGAGAAGGAGGUGGUGGAGGUGACGACGGAGGAUGCGUAUGGGAUGGCGAUGCGGAGCAUGAUGAGGUGGGCGAGGAAGAAUAUGGAUCCCAGGAGGACGAGGGUUUUCUUUACUAGCAUGUCCCCUACCCACGGCAAGAGCGGUGACUGGGGAGGCGAGCCCGGGAGGAACUGCUACAACGAGACGGCGCCGAUCAACAACGCGACGUACUGGGGUUCCGACAGCCGGAGAAGCAUAAUGCGGGUGAUCGGAGAGGAGUUUGGGAAAUCCAAAUAUCCGGUGACGUUCCUCAACAUAACCCAGCUGUCCAACUACCGGAAAGACGCCCACACUUCCAUCUACAAGAAGCAGUGGACCCCACUCACGGCGGAGCAGCUGGCCGACCCGGCUACCUACGCCGACUGCGUCCAUUGGUGCCUCCCGGGGCUUCAGGAUACCUGGAAUGAGCUCCUUUUUGCCAAGCUUUUCUACCCUUGA